AUGCCCCACACUCGGCGCAAAAAACCUUCCUCCAACCAGCACAAGCGCCUCCAAGUCACUGACGACUCCGGCUGGACGCACGUCACAACGACCAAACACGCGCGCCGCGUCCCCCGUCAACCGAACUCGAAACACGGUCAGAUCCAGCAAGACGAGGAGGCCCUUGGACCCCUCGAACCCGCGGAAACACCAGCGAAAACCUCGCUGGCUGACCUCCAGAGCCAAUUGGGUCUCUAUCGCGAACGAUGGGAGGGGUCUGCGACUUGGGAAUGCGCUGUGCGGGGCUUGCAGCGCGCGUUGCCGGGCUGCGAAAAUAAAGGUGUAGGUGAGCCUGAAGGCGAUGCCGAUGCCGAUGCCGACGACGACUCGCACUCGGGAGUAUCAGUCGUAUGCAUCGGCCUUGGAAGUCCGAGCGGAUUCUUGCGCGGAGGUUGGGUCGAUCGUCGCGCUGUAUCGAUGUACCAGUUAGCUGCUCUAGGAAGUAUAAUGAACUGGAUAGAAAAGAAUACUACGCCGGACACCCUGAAAGCCUUUGCACAAGACCCCGUCUUCAACAAGCACGACACUGAGCUUCUCAACGACCUAAACAUAACCGUCGUCACGCACCCAUCCGCAUUCGAAAAAGUCACACCACGAACCUUUCUCUUUUGCCCCGGUGCGGAACGGCGACAUCUCGAGACCCUGCUUGCGCGCGAUCCGGCAUUCGUGUUUGGAGGUCCCCUUGAAGAUAUAGAUUCCGAUGUUGUGAGAGGGUUUGUCGCGAAAAGGGAAUCGGUGCAGUUGGCUAGGUUUGAGGAGAUGGAGACGGCGUUUUGGGGGAUGAGGGUUUAUUAUCCUCCGCAGACAUCAUCGGAUGGGUGA